AUGGCCGUGGAUAUGAACUUUAUCAUCCCGUACUGCCCACUGCCCCCCAAGCCUCCCAAGCCUCUCCCCACUAAACCCUUUAUUCGUGAAUACCAUCUUCCCCAGCCCGACCCUAUGCCCUCAACACAAUCCAUCAUCCCUGAACCGCCGUUUACCCAUCCACCUCCCUGGCCCCCUCUUCCCUUCUGCAGAUAUACCCUCAGUGGCCUUGACAGCCAGAUCGGGGCUCGAGCAUCGAACACUCCGUUCAACGAGUUCGACGCUGAGCUGGAGCGCUUGGAGGUCGUGGAGGUGAUUGACAUGAACAGUCACAGUUCCACCGACCAUGGCGAUGUUGAGCCGUUUAGCACCCGUGUCGCCGGCGUGAUCCAAGGCUCAACCGCGCCAGACGCCAGGCCCCGCCGGGAAGCCUCAAGCGACAGACCUUCACACAAGGCCGACCGAUCAUCACCUCAGAAAAUCACCCCUCCUCUUUCCGAUAGCGAUCGCGAUCCCGCGCUGGAUGAGUGUGAACCGAAAGCCUCGGGUCCUCCGCCUGACUUGGCGGUGUUCUCUGACCAACGCCUGUACAGUUUAGUGAAGCUACCGAGGUCAGAAAGCCGCCAAGAGCAACCGAUCGCCGUGGACUUGGAGAGCGAUGGAGAGAAUUCUCCGAACGAUGGUGAAUCCAGGAGGACUAUUGGUCUUGAUAUGCGCGCAGGUGCCACGGGCGGAGGGAUUGUGAAUACAUCUUCCAGCCCGAGAGCCAAAUCGGAGCCUGAAACUCCCGCCGACCCUGGAAAGCGCGAUGGGAAAGAGCGCCAGCCGAUGGAGCGGGGACGCGUGCGACGCGCGGAAGUUCGAGUUGAGAUUCCUUUCCCGCUAGACGCUCUCCAGGAGAGAGAGGGCCGAGGCGAUAGGAGCGACCCUAGCGACAAUAGCAACAACAGUGACUUCAAUAACUCCAGCAACUGCAGCUGCAGCGACGGCGACGACGACGACGGCGACGAGGCGUAUCGGGAAAGUGAUGGUGAUGACCAUGUCACUAAGCGGCCGCGCAAGCGGCGGAGGCUCUGGACGCGGCGGUCCUCCAGGUCCCUUGUCACUUCUGUCGCUUGCGCUUGCAGAGGAGAUCCCUCCCCAACUGCUGUGGUAAACGAUAAGCCAGGGAAACGGAAUCCGACGACAAAACACGGUGAAAACCCGGCCGGUGAUUCCUCCAGUGUGUCCGCUGUCCCACGAGAUGAUGCGGUGACAAACCGCUCGGGCGACGACAUACCGGUCUCCGGUUUUCUUUCAAGCUACGUGGCUGGGUCCAAAGUGUGCUACACGAUAACAUUCUGUCACAAGGAAACCCGCCGGCUCCUGUCGGCAAAUGCAAACGGUCUGUCGAGCCCCGGUCGAGAAGCGCGGCCGUCUGUCGCGACCGGUAUACGUGUGCCAUUUACCUCUCAGAUCCAAGGCGAUUCUGCAGGUGCGGUACUCCACCAAGCUGAAGCACCGCACCCCGGCGCCAACUCGCAAGUCGAAGUCGAAGUCGAGGCCGAGAAAAGAUGGAUGCCGUUGAGCGAGAAUAUCCCAACCGCUGCUACAAGGAGACUGCCACAGCUAUGCACGUACCCUCUACUUACAGAAACCUCCCCUUACCAUGGAUGA